AUGGCAUUCAAGCCCGCAAUAAUGAGUGUCUCCCUUGGCCGGGGAUGGCUACACGAUUUCGACGAGAAAAUGGAGCAAGCUGCCAAAGCCGGCUUCCAAGGCAUCGAGAUGUUUGUAGAGGAUAUUGAGUACCUUGCACGGAAAAUUGCCAACAAAGCUACCUCUGAAGAGCCCACGGCCAGUGAGCUUCUGACUGCUGCGAAGCACGCUCGGGCAACCUGCGACAAGAAUAAUCUUGUUGUAAUCACGCUACAGCCGUUUUCUUUUUACGAAGGACUGCUUGAUCGUAAGCAGCACAGAUACCUGCUGGACACCAAACUUAAGUUGUGGUUUCAAAUGGCCAAAAUCUUCGGCACGACCAUGAUACAGGUCCCUGCCAACUUCUUGCCAGAAUCUCAAAUCACUAGCGACCGCGAUGUCAUCGUCGCCGACCUACAGGAACUCGCAGAUUUGGGAGCAGCGGAGAACCCUCCAGUAGAAUUUGCCUACGAGAACCUCUGCUGGAGCACUUACAACAGCACCUGGCAAGACGUCUGGGAAAUAGUACGCCGCGUGGACCGGCCAAACUUUGGCCUGUGUUUGGACACGUUUAACAUAGCUGGACGUGCUUGGGCGGACCCGACGUCUCCUACUGGCAAAAAUCCAAAUGCAGAUCAGGAGUUCCGACGCAGUAUGGCAGAGCUUGUGAGCAAGGUAGACCCAAAGAAGGUGUUCUACAUUCAGGUCGUGGAUGCUGAGCGAAUGGAUGCGCCUUUGGUCAAGGGCCAUCCAUUCCAUGUUGAUGAGCAGCCCCCUCGGAUGAGUUGGUCUCGAAAUGCUCGAUGCUUCAUGUACGAGUAUGACAGGGGAGCCUAUUUACCGAGCGAGGAGGUAGCAAGGGCUAUUAUUGAUGGUCUUGGAUACAAAGGGUGGGUUUCUAUGGAAUUGUUUUCAAGGACUAUGGCAUACGAAGGAGCACAUAUUCCGGCAGAACAUGCACAGCGAGGCAUCAAGUGCUGGAAGACGUUUGUGAAGCGGUUCGGUAUACAGUUGGAAGCCCGUAUCUAG